UGUUACAGUUCCUCUGAGCGAAGAACGAUGGCGACGAACAGCGAUUUCGCGAACUAUGCUCAGAUCAAACGCAAUGUUAUAGCAGAUGAUAAGUUCUUCAAAAAUUACAUAAUUAAAAAAAUGAAAAGUGUCAACAGGAAUAUUAACAUUUAUUUGAAAACCAAAAUAAUUGAUGUACAUUUGGGAAUAAUAAAAUACUUUGAUCUACUAGAAAAAUGUGCACCAGAUGAUGAAUCAUCUCGAAGAAGAGACAAUGGAUCGACGCAAGACAAUGAUAGUGCUAAUGAAGAUAGUGACGGCAGUGAUUGCGAGGCAUCUAAAGGCAAUAAUGAGAUAUCCGAAAAUAAUGAUCAACUAUCUGAAGAUGGUGAUGAAUUAUCAGAAGAUGAUGAUCAAGUAUAUAAGGACAGUAAUCGCGAUUGCGCACCUACUGACAGUAAUCAAAUAUCUGAAGAUAAUCAUAAAAUAUUUGAUGAUAAUGUUCAAGUAUCUAAAGAUGACAAUAAAUCAGAUAAAGUCAGUGAAACUAAUAAUAACAAUAAUACAAGAACGCCGAAUUCAGAAUAUGCAAGUGAAAACCAAAGUGGAGAUGAAUCUUGUGCUAUGCUGUUCAGACUUCCCAAACAGCCGACAUCCGAUCAACAGGAAAAUACCGAACACAAUAUACCCGAUAGACGCGUCAAGUUAUUAUAUGCGCUCUUGUUAAACGAUGAUUACUUUGGAAAGUUUUUAAUGGGAAUGAUUAAACAUAUCGAUCCGAAAUAUAAGAAAUUUGCGAAGGCUGUUCUUUUUGAUGCGGUCUUAAGCUCAUUGCAUUAUAUUCAUGUCUUAAAUGCACAAGAGGCAUUUUUUACACCAGACUUCGAUGAAAGUCGUGCUUCAACAAGUAACGAUGAACCUUACCACUAUGUAUACAAUCCAUCAAACAUUAGCUAUGACAAAAACGAUAUUGUGAAGUACAAGAUAAGUCAUAUGUUCAUAGAUGAUAAUGAUGAAAGUUCUUCAAAAUCAUCACAAGUCAGUGAUAAUGAAGAUGCUUUUGAUUUGAACUUAGAAAGCAUCCUACAGGAAAGUGAUUUGCUAUCAAUUGUACUUAAUCCUAUGACACUUGAUGAUUUUGAUAACAUCGAAAAAAUUGACGAUUCAGGUCCAGACAUAGAUUUAACCAGCAGCGAUGAACAGUUCUCACCUGGUGAUUGUUUUGAAGUACCUACGUGCGAAGACAUUGUAGAAUUUCAUGCUUCGACAUAUAGCGUUCAUCAGGAAUCGCCCAACCAAGAUGAAUCUCGUGCUUCUGAAAACAGCAUUAAUCUAGAAUUGGCCAAUCUUCUUGAAAAUAGAUCGAAAAGUAGGAAAGACUCAUUAUCAUCUGAUGAUGCCGAGUUGCUAGCAUUAUUGGUACCAACAUGCGAAGACAUAGAAGAAUUUCGUGCUUCGAUAAAUAGCUUUCUUCGGGCAUCGCCCAACCUCUGUGAAAAUGAAUCGACAAGAAGAGACUCAUCAUCAUUUGAUUUUUGCGAAUUGCUAUCAUUACACCUACCUACAUGUGAAGAGCAGGAUGAGUCUCGUGCUUCUAGAAACAGCGUUCAUCUAGAAUCGUCCAAUCCUCUUGAAAAAGGAUCGAAAAGUAGGAAAGGCUCAUCUUUUGAUGAUUUGGAGCUGCUGUCAUUACAGGUAACUACGUGCGAAGAGAAGGACGAUCCUCGUGUGUCUACAAGCAGCGUUCAUAUAGCAUCGCGAAACACUUGUGAAAAAGGAUCGAAAGGAAGAAUAGACUUAUCAUUAUCUGACGAUUCUGAGUUGGUACCUGAAGACAUGGAUAAAUCUCGUCCUUUAAGAAAUAGCGUUCAUCGGGUAUCGCCCAACCCUUCUGAAAAAGUAUCUAAAAGAAGAAGGAACUCUUCAUCAUCAUCCGAUGAUUUCGAGUUGCAAGCAUUACAGACAUCUACGGGCGUUGUCUCGGAUGAUCCUCCUGCUUUGACAGACAGGUUUCAACAUGAAUCACAAAUUCAAAGUGCAAAAGGAUUAAAAAGAAAGAGAGACUUGGGAUUUGAUAAUUGUGACGAGCAAGAGACACCUAGGAGCAUAUUGAAUCAACCUCGUGCUUUGACAAGUGGACUUCGGCCGGAAACACCCAUCCCACGUCAACCUUUACAGGUACCAAAAACUCGCAGAACAUUGGAACAACCUCGUCCUUCUACCAGCGAACUUCAGUGGGAAUCUUACAUCCCAUGUAUGCCUACGAUUCGUAGUACAUUGGACCAACCUCAUGCUUCUACCAGCGGACUUCAGCGGGAAUCGAUCAUCCAAUGUAUACCUACGAUCCGUAAUACAUUGGAUCAACCUUGUGCUUCUACAAGCGGUCUUCAGCGGGAAUCGUUCAUCCCAUGCAUAUCCAGGACCCGUAGUACAUUCGAUCUAUCUCGUGCUUCUACCAGCGAACUUCCGUGGGAAUCUUACAUCCCAUGUAUGCCUACGAUUCGUAGUACAUUGGACCAACCUCGUGCUUCUACCAGCGGUCUUCAGCUGGAAUCGCCCACCCCAUGUAUACCACCGAUUCGUAGUAUAUGGGACCAACCUCGUGCUUUUACAGGCGGUCUUCAACGGGAAUCGUCCAUCCCUUGUUUACCUACGAUUCGUACAUUGGAUCAACCUCGUGCUUCUACAAGCGGUCUUCAACGGGAAUCGUCCGUCCUACGUUUACCUACGAUUCGUAGUACAUUGGAUCAACCUCGUGCUUCUACAAUCGGUCUUCAACGGGAAUCGCCCAUACCAUGUAUACCUAUGAUCCGAAAUACAUUGGAUCAACCUCGUGCUUCUAUCAGUGGACUUCAGCGGGAAUCAUCCACCCCUUACCGAGCUUUACAGACAUCUACAAGCCGUAACAUCUUAGAUCAACCUCGUGCAUCUACCAGCGGUCUUCAUCUGAGAUCGACCAUCACACGUGAAAGAAACACAAGAAGAAUGAGCGACUCUUCAUCUGAUGAUUCAAUUGGGGAGCCAUCAAAUAUGAGCCGCAUUAGUGACAACAAUGUUUCAAAUAAAUCCGAAAAUACAAAUGAUAAUUUGAAAUGUCCAAAACAAACAUUUUCUUUGCAACGAAACAUAAAUACACCAAUUCAAAAGGUUAAACCCAUCCCAAGCACAUCGAGACCUUGUAAUUCCAUUCCAGUUUUAAGAAAUUGGUUAGAUACAGGAUUACAUAGGAACCAGUUACAACGCAAUGUAUUGACAACUGAUGAGAUCUUGGAACGUCUUAACAUGUCGAGCAACUAUCUUAAUUCUAAUUCUACGGUUGAUGAUAAUUUGGACAAUGCCACACAAACAAAUAUUGUUCAUGAUACUAAUUUAAUUGUUAUUAGCAGCUCUAGUAGUGAAAAUAAUGAUGAAACACAAGAAAAUAUUUCACAUAACUCUAUUUGCUCCGAUGCCUCGACCGCCAUGUCGCACUGA